AUGAACGAAAAGGCUGUACCUGCCAUCACGGAGUUUUCACUCAAUGAGGAGAGCCCCACGAAUCACAAUGUUACUUCACUUCCGACCCCUCUACUCACACACUCUAAGCGCCAGACGGAUAACGUGAAAGUCAUUAUCAAUAAUGGAGAUACUGAUUCAAUGCACUCCUCAGCUCUAAGCUUAGCCACGCGGCAAGAGAAGUCUAACAACGGAAGCAACUCUCUACUCAACUCAUCCGAAAUUAAACUGCCAACAUACACCACGCAUACAUCUUUUGACGGCGAUCUUGAAGCCCAACCGUUUGCCAUUCAUCAACCCCAAGCAGCCGCCAGCAAAACUGGCCUAUUAAGACACAAGGCGACCGUCGACCCCAUGUGGCCCAAUCUCCAGGAAUUAAAGCGCAGGAAGAAGAAGAUGAAGAAGGAUAGCGCCUGCUGCGCAUCAUGGGCAGGACUUAGUAAAUCAAAGCGCGGCAUAAUCACCACUUUAAUAAUACUGAUAAUCCUUGGUGCUGGUCUCGGCGUAGGCUUUGGCAUCAGCAAACGUGUCGGUGGUGGUGUAGUAAAUAGUAAUGGACCUAACUCACCCGUCCUGAGUCUCUAA